CAGAGUCACGGAAACAUGAAGAUACUGUUUUUCCUGUGUAUUUUACUUAUUGGAAUUCAUUCCAACAGUUAUUGCUAUGAGCCUAACCACCAAGGGGUAAGAAACCAAAAUCAAAGAGCCCAAGGAAACCAAAACAUGCCAUGGCAAAGUGUAAGGAGCAGUGUCUGUCGAUUUGCAUGUUGUUUCUACAAAGAGAUUUCUUCUCGCGAAAACAAUCGGAAUGUUUUCUUCUCUCCUUUGAGCAUCUCUACUGCCUUCGCAAUGCUGACUCUGGGUGCCAGAUCAGACACACUGACACAAAUUCUUAGGGUCCUUUGCUUUAACCCAAGUGAGAUUUCUGAAAAUGACAUACAUGAAGGUUAUCGUCAACUCAUGCAAAUGGUAAACAGAAAGAACGAGGGCUUACAGCUGAAUAUGGCAAAUGUUCUGUUUGUGCUUGACCGACUGAAGCCACAAGAAAAGUUUUUAAGUGAUCUCAGAAACUUCUAUGAAGGAGAAGCUUAUCCUAUGAACUUCAAGCAGGCUGCUCAAGCCCAGCAAAAAGUCAACAAAUAUGUAGCAGAAAGAACCAAUGGAAAAAUCAAGGACCUUGUAAAUAACCUUGAUCCACUUACUGAAAUUCUCCUCAUUAGCUAUAUUUAUUUUAACGCUGAAUGGGAAAAGCCUUUUGAUCCACAAUACACUAAAAUGAGCAAAUUCUUUGUGGAUGGGAACAAGGCUGUUGAAGUCCCGAUGAUGUUUGGAAUGGGCCUGUUCAAGCAUGGCUAUGAUGAUCAGCUGUCUUCCACUGUGGUGCAAAUGGAUUACAAAGGAGGUGCUUCAGCAUUUUUUAUUCUGCCUGACAAAGGAAGAAUGAGGAAGCUGGAGAAAAGAUUGUCUUGUGAACAUAUGUCAAGGUGGAGGUCAUUAAUCACAAAAAGCUCAGUAAAUUUGUAUCUUCCGAAAUUCACUCUUUACGGGACAUAUGACUUAAAAAAUACCUUAUAUAAAAUGGGCAUUAUGGAUCUAUUCACUGAUAAGGCUGACCUCUCUGGGAUCACUGGACAGCCCCAGCAUAGAAUUUCCCAGGCUAUUCAUAAGGCUGUGAUAAAGGUGGAUGAGACUGGCACCGAAGCAGCAGCUGCCACAGGCAUGGAAAUAGUGCCUAUGUCCGUUCCACUUAUCAUUAAAUUCGAGAGGCCAUUCCUAAUCGUCAUAACUAUGGAGAGCAAUAUACUUUUCAUGGGAAAAAUUGUGAACCCUCUGAGAAGAGAUUAA